AUCCAACCUUUUCCCUCACUCCCAUAUGAUCUAUCAUAUGACGAAAACUCUCUCUACGCUUUCCCUGCGAUUGGCAUAGCAAAGAAGAUACCUACCGGCGGCGGCGGCGGCAAAAAUAAACACAAAUUCUUUAAAGCAGUUGAAAAAUAAAGAGGAAAUCGAAAAUUUUCAUUGGGAAUUCAGAGAGAAAAAAAGCUUUUGUUUUUAUUUUUUAUUUUUCUUGGUGUUGAAAGAUUGAGCUCGCUCUGUGAUGCGAUCAAUGGUGUGUUCUGGUGAUAGAGAGACGGAGAUGGGACCCCCGAGAUCCAAACCUCUUCAUAAUUUCGACCUUCCCUGUUUAAAGUGGGGGAAUCGGAGAUAUCUCACGUGUAAGAAACUCGACGAUGCUUCUAACGCCACCGCAACAGCGGCCUCUGGCGUCACCGAUCAAUACCAGCAUUGUCGUCGCCGUGGUUUCGUCCAAAGGCGCCGAUCUCCCCCGUCGAAGGUUGAGAGUUUGGUGGUUGGUGGAAUGCGGCGGCGCGAAUCGGAGUCGUCGUCUCCCAGCAGCAAGAACACCGAUUGUGCGAGGGAGCAGCGGUUGAGGAUACCGAAGGGAGAGCCGGUGGCGGCGGGAAUCGAGGCAGUUAGGGAGAAGAUCAUGAAGGAUCUUAAAACGGUGGCGGAUGAGAUCAAAGUUGCAAUUUUUAGAGACGAAGUGUCCGGGGACGACGACGCGGACGAUGAUGAUGAAGAAUUCAAAGAGCCUAAAAAUAAGCAGAAACUUGAAGAGAAAGAGAGGGAAGAAUCACCUGCGGUAGAGGUGGAGCAGAGGCCGUGGAAUCUUAGGACAAGACGUGCCGCGUGUAAGGCUCCGAUUGACGGAGAAGUAACUAACUACAAUUAUAGUUCUCCGAUGAAAAAUGAUGUGUUUCGGUCACCAAGAAUAAGAGACAAUGGACCGUCGUCGGCAUCGGCGUCGGCCGCCGCCGAUAAGAAAAGGCCCCGACCAAAAUUUUCGGUGGCGCUAUCAAAGAAAGAGAUCGAGGAGGAUUUCAUGGCCAUGGUUGGUCACCACCGUCCCCCGAGAAGGCCAAAGAAACGAACGCGUAACGUUCAGAAGCAAUUGGAUUACUUGUUUCCUGGAUUGUGGCUGACGGAGGUAACGGUGGAUUCUUACAAGGUCCCGGAGUUGGUUGAAAACGGCAAGAUGUAGUAAGGGGGAGUUUCAACUUGCAACAAUGUCUGAGUGAUGGUAAAUUGUGACUCGAUUCGCAUACAUUGAUUACUGGAGUCUUGUGAAUUAGGAAUUUCACACAACAAAGUUGAUUUUGGCUUUUUUUUCUGGUUAGAUUCAGUUGCUUUGAAAUGCAAUUUUUGGUUUUUAUAUCAUCUUCUUCGUUCAUUUUGUUUCUUUAUGGAGCCGAAUAAUCUUG